AUGAAGCUUCAAGAUUUCCUUCAUAUGAAUGAAGGUGAUGGAGAAUUCAGUUAUUCUCAAAAUUCUUGUAUUCAGAAAGGGGCAAGUUUAAUGAGCCAACCAAUGGUAGAAAGAGCAAUUGAAGGAGUACUAUCAGAUAUUGGGAUGGCAAAAAAGGAUUUUAGAGUAGCAGAUUUGGGUUGUGGAGUGGGCCCAGUUCCAUUGGGCCUCUUAACAAUGGUGAUACAAUAUGUUGAAAGAAAGUGCAAGGAAUUUGAUGAUGAUAUAGUACCAGAUAUUCUUGUAUAUUUCAAUGAUCUUCCUUCAAAUGAUUUCAAUUUCUUGCUUAGAAAUUUAUUCAAUUUGGAAGUGUUGAAAAGAAAAGAUGGCAAAGCUUUGUGCUUUUUAAUGGCUACUCCUGGCUCCUACUAUGCUAGACUUUUCCCUGCUAAUUCUUUGCAUUUUGUUCAUGCAAAUUAUAGUCUUCAUUGGCUAUCUCAGACACCAGAAGGGUUGUACAGUGCAGAAGGUGUAACCUUAAACAAGGGAAACAUAUACAUAUCUGAAACAAGUCCUGAAAAUGUUGCAAAAGCUUACUUUUCUCAAUUUCAACAAGAUUUCACCAAAUUCCUCAACAAUCGUUCCAAAGAAGUGUUAUCUAAUGGUCGUAUGCUUUUGACAUUUCGUGGUAGGGACUCUUUAUCAAAUGUAACUAAAUGGCAACCAUGGGAACUUAAAAUCCUUACUCAAUCUAUCACUACCCUUAUUUCUCAGGGUUUGUUGAAGGAAGAGAAGCUAGACGCUUUCAAUUUUCCAUAUUACGGUCCUUGUGAAGAGGAAAUUCAAUAUAUUGUGAAAGCGGAUGGGUCAUUUGAAAUCGAGAAUAUUAAUACAGUGACACAACAAGUUCAUGGUGAAAUUAAAAAUGAUUUAGAAAGAGCAAAAGCUAUAAGUAAAUUUGUGAGAUCCUUUUCCGAAUCCUUAAUUUUAAGUCAUUUUGGAGAAGACGUAUUGGACUUAAUUUACCAUAAUUUCACCAAACUCACAAAUGAGCAUCUAGCUAAUGGAGAACUCUUAGAGCACUCUACCAUCAUUGUGCUUCUUAAAAAAGUUUAG